GUUAUGGUUGAGAAGUGAGGUUGGAGUUGAAUCUGAUGUAAGUCUGAUAAAGUUGAUGUGCGUGUCCACUUAGAUUGGCAUCACCGAAGUUUUUGCCAAAGUCUUACCUGCGGACAAAGUGCAAAGAGUUCGUGCUCUUCAAGAUCAAGGUGAAAAGGUCGCAAUGGUUGGUGAUGGUGUGAAUGAUUCUCCAGCGCUGGUUGCUGCUGACGUAGGUAUUGCCAUAGGAACUGGAACUGACGUGGCUGUUGAAGCUGCAGAUAUUGUCCUCAUCAAGGUAAGUUUAAUUUCGAACUUUCACGCUUCGUCGUUUCUAGUGUUUAUGAAUAUUAAUAAAAUAACACACGAUCAAUAAUUUAUUUAUUUGUAUUAAGUAAUAGGAAGGUUUCGAGUGCAAUUAGGAAAAAACAUGCACGAGUAAUUUUUUCAAAGAUUUGGAGGUCUUUAUAAAAACUCACGAGUUUCUGCAGUGGCUGCCACUUGAGGACUGCUCUAAGCUGAUUGGUUGAUUUUAGAUGUUUCUUCACCAAUCAGAUGAGUUCGUUACAAUAUUUUGCACUGUUGUUAUGGAUUUUUGUACUAUAUUCUGUUUGGCCAACAGUGCUUAAUAUGCUUACUAUGCUUAUUCUAUGCAGCUAUGAGAUGAACUGGAGAAUACUAAUUAGCUGGGAGUGAUUACUCAAACUAGAUAUAUUCGCAAUUUUUUAAUGAUAUACAUUGAAAUAUCACUCGACUGUGAUUGGUUAUUUCAAUGCAUUUAUCCUGAUUAGGUCUAUGUUUCACUUGCUUAGGGUGCAACGUUAGAGCCAUCAAAUCAUUAAAUAGAUAGAUACUAAGCAUUUGAAAGGUCUUUUGAAUUUUUGUUUUCUUCGUUAUGAAAUGGUGCGAAAAGAUUAGACAAAAUAGGAUAAAACAGCGAAGAUGGAAUGGAUUAGCAUAGGAAGGAUGUUUAGCGUAUAUGCAUGUUCUAAUAAUACUUCUAAGAAGAUAUCGACUGGCAAAUUUCCAGUUUACACGAUCUGCAGCAGAUUAUAGUCAACGGGCAGUUGUGACAGUGAGAAUGACAGUGAGAAAAUGAAUUCUUAACUGUAUAGUUCAAUUUUCAUUCUCUUGAAUUGUCAACAUUCCUGACGUUUAGCACAAUCUGAUGCCUCGAGUGUUCACCGGACCUAUAUAUGAGGUUCUUAGAAAGAGUACUUGACAGCAAGUUAUUUUUGUCUGGAAUUCUUCUAAAGACCAUGCAAAUUUUUACUUUCAGGAUAACCUAAUGGAUGUUGCAGCUGCGAUUGAUCUGUCAAAGGUGACUGUACGGAGAAUCCGAAUGAACUUUAUAUUUGCAUUUUUCUACAAUAUAAUUGGUAUUCCAAUUGCUGCUGGAGCAUUUCAUCAUUGGGGCUUGGUACUUCAACCUUGGAUGGCAAGUGCUGCUAUGGCGGCGUCGUCGGUAUCUGUCGUCUUAUCAUCGCUCUUGCUUAAGUUGUAAGUAAUAGAGGUUGUGAGAUAGUGAUAGGAUUUGUCAUAAGGGAGAAGGCUACGUUUCAUUCGAUACAGUCGAACCUCCUUGAUAUACAGGCAGGGAACCACUUAUUACGGGAACCGCUGAGUAUUUUUAGGCUACAAAAAAACAACAACGGUAAUUCCGAAAAUGAGCUUUCUUAAUAUGGCAUGCAGGUGGAGGCUACAGUAUAUUACUUUUUCAAAAUGACUCCUUUGCGAACUGCUGAAUUUAAAGGAAAAUUUUUUUUUCUGAGCACGUUCUGAAGUUUAAUCGACAAAAAAGGCAGCUAAUUUCAUGAAGGAUGUGGCUGCUACUUUCGUUCCAAGUUUCGCUGCUGCAUUUUUCCCGCACGACCCAGCCACUUUGCUGUGAUAAACUUUUAAUUUAAAACCGAUUUACAGUAUAUCUUGUAUUAAUUUGAAUCCUAAGCUUCCAAGUAUUAAGAAUGUUCAUUUUCGGAGUUACUAAAUCACAUACAAUGACAGCUCUAAAACGUAGAAUGACGUCUAUAUGUAACACGAGAUGGUGAGCUAUCUGAGAAUCCCAAAACCUACAAAUUAAAAUAAAAUCAGUGCCUGCAGGUAUUUGUUGCAUGCGACUUCAUUGGCUGACGUGUCCGUUUCAUAUAUUUCACUACGAUGACAUCACUUUUAAGACUCUCCCCUGAACGUCUUAAGUUUUCAGUAUCUAAAAACAGGCCCACAAAUUCAGCGUUAGUACGAGUUACUCGUUUGGAAUGAUUUAUACGAAGCAAUUCUGCAUUGAUAUUUACUCUAAAUCCUAUAUUAAUUUAAAUCAGCCCCUCUCAAUAGUCUCUAUAAAGACCCCUUUUUGGAGUAAAAAAAUUCUUAACACCCUGUCUAUUAUAUCCUCCCCGAUAUAUUAGGGAGUUUACGCAUGUACGACGGCUAAACGUUUUUGAAAUAAAUGAUUGCAUGGAAAUAUUGUCUUGUAUUUACUUUCGUAUGAAUUUAAUACAGUUCAGAACGAGUAAAACAGAGCUUUAACCUUCAGAGCAAUUUUGAUUACCUCUGUUAGAAAAAUUGCUUGCCACGGCUUGAAAUGCAAGCGUAUAUACUGUACACGACGUGAAAAUUAGUUUACAUUUUGCCGUCGUCAACAGAGCCUGGACGACGUCUGAAACUCCUGCUAUACUUUCAAUUCUUUCUUUUGUGCUAUAUAGAAUUAAUGACAUUGUAUUGAUAGCCGUCGUCCUGAUGUUGCCGUCUUACAUGCAUGCGUAAAAUCCCUAAUAUUAAGUGAGGGGCCGUGUUGUAGAUGUUAUUUUUAAAAGAAAAUAUAAGUAUGAUUUAGUUUAUUACCUCCGCCAGGAGGUUAUGUAAUCAUCUGGGUUUAUAUGUGUGUGUGUAUGUGUGUGUGUGUGUGUGUAUGUGUGUGUGUUUGUCUGUGAGCACGAUAACUCAAGAAAUACCAAACAUAUUCAUACGAAAUUUCUUUAAUGCAUUUCCCAUCGGCUAAGGAAGAAAUGAUUAAAAUUUGGUUGAAUUUGGUUAAAAAUUGAACGAGAAAUGAACAAAAUUUUGUCUUGCUUUUCCCGGUCAAUUAAAAAAAACUCACUGAAUGCGUAAUUAGGACGUGUAUAAUGUAUGCACGCAGUACUAAGAAGACAAUGAGAUGAUAAACCUCAUUAAGCUUCAGCCCUAAUUAUCUAUUGUCUUAGUUGCAUUUCACACGACCGAAAUUUAAUGUGGGCGGAGGUAUGCAGUCUCUGAGUGCCCUCUAGUUAGUUCCUUCUUUUAUAAUGCAUUUAUUUUCCGCACGGCUCUUUGAAAAUCACCUAUGUGAAAGGUUACCGUGUUUAAAGAUCAAUAAUAAUAAUAAUAAUAAUAAUAAUAAUAAUAAUAAUAAUAAUAAUAAUAAUAAUAAUAAUAAUAAUAAUAAAGCUGUCCGUAAAGAGGACAGGAGGUUUCCUCGACAGUAUUUAUAGAACGGAGAUGGUGAUUACCGAACACAAGGAAACGAAGUACCGGUGUUGCUCGAAAUGCUAAAAGUUGAUAAAAAAAAAACAAAAAAGAUCUUCACGUCUUAUUUGAUAAGAACGCUAUAUAACCGUAGCGUACAGUAGGCCCUCGGAGUACCUUGUCAAUUGGGAUGUAUAAGAACCAUUCGGCCUACCUCUGAGUGAUAUGCAUGAUUAUUCAUAAAAAUGGCUGACUAUACAAAAGAUGGUAAACCAUGCAAAAAUCCUGAUUCCUAAGAAAUGUACUCGUAAUUCUUGAAAAGACCGUAUUCUUCAUGCAUGCGAUAAUUUUAUUAAGGAAUACCAAAUGAUUUUCUGUGCAGGAUAGCGUCAUCCAUGCACGCGGGGUGUUGCGAGACGUUCGGAAAGCGUAACAUUUUUGUGCAUGAAUGACGCUAUCCUGCACGGAAAACUAUUUGGUGUAAUUGUUUUAUAAAAUAACUACAGUGAAACAACGAUUAACUUUAUUAAAAUUAUUGAUGAAAUGUGCAAUUCUCACAACAAUCGUGAACUAACGAAUCAGAGACAGAGUUUGUAUAAGUCGCUAUCCCCCACAAAUGUUCUUUAUAACGCCUUCAUAACUUCACAGUCACGUUAAAAUGUUUUCACUGUCCAACAUUUUAAAAAGCCCGCGCGCAGGCAUUUAUUUUUCGUGCAGAAUUGUCUGAUCCUGCACGGGUAUUGACCAAUCAAAUUCCGUGUUUCACUGUAAAUAUUAUAUAUUCCAAAUCGUUCAAGUUUCUUCAGCAACUUUGGAAAGUUUGCUUUAUGGUAUUUUUAUUGCUUUCUUUUCAGAUACAAGAAGCCGAGUACAACACCAAAAGGCCGGAUCAAAUCCAGAAAAAAGGUUUAUAGUCGCGUGUGAAAAGUUGCUCUGAUUGCUAAAUCAAUGCGGAUUUCGUAUUGCACAGAAAACUGGCACUAGAAAAAUCAUACAAGAUUAGACAUACAAAACAAAUGGUCAAAAAUGGAACGAGAGUUUGAUACCAUAUUGAACAUAUUUUGAACAUAUUUUGUCUAUGAACAUAUUGUCUAUGUCUUUGAACAUAUUUUGUCAUAUUUUGUUUGAACAUAUUUUGUCUAAGAGUAAGAGUAUAAAUAAUAAAAAUAGGUUCGUAUAUUGAUGUUCUCCACUGCAAAGUCGACCGCUUGAAUGAAUGGGUUGUAACCCUCUAAAUUUUAGUUACUUAGCCUACUUGUACUUGAUCAAGUAAAAUACUAAAGCGGGCUUUCGUGUUAGCGGGUUAAAAUUGAAUUUUAACUAUAUAUAGAUAUUUUAAUAUUUUUUAAUGGAUGAUUCCAGCUGUCGACUAAUUUUUUAUGUAAAAUAUAGCCCUGUGAAAUUAGCAAAUUUUGAGUAUUUUAGUAUUACGCGCAGUAAAAACACGGGCAAUAGGACAGGUGUAGUGUUGUUAAAUAGAAAGUUAGAAAUGGUAUUGUACUUACUCAUGUAUUAUAAUUAUGUUUAAAAGAUCAGAAUAUUCAUAACUUCUUAUUUUGUUUCAUAAAUAGUUCUUUAAUUAAUAUUCGAAACAAAUUCCAUAUCUGCUUCGUCUGCCAUCGCCAUGUUUGCUCGUCCCAAUCUACAUGCUGCACGGCAUUGCCGCCCCUCCUGGCAAAAUAAUAAGCAAGCGAGAAAAAUUAAGGAGAAAAUAAGAGGGUAGGAACAUUGUGGGCGUUUCGUGGGCGUGUCAUCGUUCUGGGCGAAUCGGCUUUCUCAAUCUUGUAUCACAUGACUAAUUCAAAUCGUCAUAGGCGGGAAGCAGCAUUACACGUCAUCCCUACGUCAAAUAAAACGUUAUAAAACGCGUCGUGGAUACGUUUGUGCCAUAUAUGGAAGUUAUGGAUACGUUUGUGCCAUAUAUGGAAGUGUCACUGCAUCCAGCUUAUGACAACGAUGUUCCUACCCUCUUAUUUUCUUCUAAUUUUUCUCGCUUGCUUAUUAUUUUGCCAGGAGGGGCGGCAAUGCCGUGCAGCAUGUAGAUUGGGACGAGUAAACAUGGCGAUGCCAGACGAAGCAGAUAUGGAAUUUGUUUCGAAUAUUAAAGAACUAUUUAUGAAACAAAAUAAGAAGUUAUGAAUAUUCUGAUCUUUUAAACAUAAUUAUAAUACAUGAGUAAGUACAAUACCAUUUCUAACUUUCUAUUUAACAACACUACACCUGUCCUAUUGCCCGUGGUAAAAAUAACUACUUUCGGCUCAAAAAUGGUUAUUUUUACCGCGCGUAAUACUAAAUUACUCAAAAUUUGCUAAUUUCACAAGGCUAUAUUUUCCGUAUUUUACAACAUUUCGCAACCAAACUUUGCAAUUUUACUAAUUUUAGGAUGCUCUUUUGAGCUAUAUAAUGAUAUAUUUCGUCUUUCUUGUCUAGAUAAAAAAAAAUUAGUCGAUAGCUGCAAUCAUCUAUUUCGGUUCUUUUGCCAUUAAUUUUAAAAGAAACGAAUAUGAAUAAUUUCUUAUUGUAGCACGGUCCUGCAUGUUGAAAUCCACAACUAAACCACUAUUUUUGAUGUUGCAGUAUAAUGUUGAAAAAUAAGAAUGACGUUUUUUGUUUAUCAUCUCCUGGCACUACAUUUAUGAGGGGGUAAAUACGAGGCGAGUGCAUGGGUCACUUUUUUUGCCGUUUGUCUGUUCAGUUAUAGAUACACAUUAUGAUGUCAUACUGUGUAUCUGUAACUGAAAAUAUACACAUUCAUAUUGAUGUGGUAAUAUCGGUUUAAUUUUGUUACUCUGCAUGUGCUGUUAAUAAUCUGGGUAAUAACAUCAUGGAGUAGUUAUUAUCACAUAUUAAUUCUGAUACCUCCCCAGAGGUUUGGAGUGAAAAGAUGUAGUUAAAGAGUGAGUAUCAUGCCUGUGAUCCUUUGCACGCUUGUGUUUACAUUUUAUGUUUAUAUUACAGUUUAUCUCAUGAAUUUGUUAUAUGGUUGAUUAUGAGAAUGACAAAAGAAUAAGCUAUAGAAUGGAUUUUCUAAAGAACGAAGCAAGAACAAUAUUUCUUUUGUUUAUGUAAGUCAAUUACGUCUUUUGUCAUUGUCAUAGUCAACCAGUCACAGAACACUGAUCUUCCUAGAGCUUCGUGUUUGCUGAAAGGAGCACUGGCAUGAUACUCACUCUUUAAUUUCUAAAGCACUUCAUUUGAAUUAUAGAUCAUUUCCGAAUUACGCUGUGAUUGCCAAGAACAAUAACACCAAGUGGAGGCUCAGCGCUGAUUUUCUAAUAUAGCGGAAACAUUACAUUAGCAUGAAGCCUCGUUCUCAGGCUAUUGUUUGUUGGCAAUCAAACGUUAUUCGGAAAUGCCUGUUAUAAUUAAAGAACAAAGAGAUGUAAUGUAUAUUUUAUCGUAAUUGUGUAAAGAAUAUUGACGAUAGUUUUAUAAGAAGUGUAGUAGUUCUACAAUAUAGCAAUGCGAAAUAUUUUUAAAAAAAUAAAAGUCAGUCAGAGUCGACAUUUACAC